GUCUGCCAUGUAAAGGUUUGCUGAGAAUUACAGAAUGUGCUCCAGAAGCCAUUUUGUGAAAGGACUUGAGCUGAUGUUAUAGGCUAUCAGUUGUAUGGCGAUGUUGGUACAGAUUCGACUGCCUAUAUACUUCUGACAUCACCAAUGCGGUUUUUUUAGUUUUCACUUAGGCUGUGUUUAGAUCAGUACAAAGUUUGGAUUUUGGUUGAAAUUGGAGAUGAUGUGACUGAAAAGUUGUGUGUGUAUGACAGGUACAUGUGAUGGAAAAAGUUAGAAGUUGGAUCUAAACACAGCCUUAGCUAUUCGCUCCAUUCCUCUUCAAUUCAUUAGUAUUUGAGUUGCAAUAAAUUAUAGAUGACUGAACAUUUACACUCUACAGGUCUACCGGACUUUCUGGUAGAUUAUACUCUCUCAGAUUCUUCAUAUUACAGUACGGUAUCAUGUAUCAGCUGAAUAUCUCAGCUGGCAACAAAAGCAUCUCUUCUUUUAUCUCUUUAAAAUAUGUUUAUAGCUGCCUUAUAGUAUGCUAUGUACCUGCUCUAAAUAGCUUAAUACCAUACCAUUAUCAUUAAGUAUACCAUCUAGGAAGUUAAAACAUUAAUUAAUAAAAUAAAUCUAUUACAGUUAACUAAAGGUAUUAUACAAGUCGGAAAGAUUGGAGUACUAAGGGUGUGUUCAGUUCAUGCCAAAAUUGGAAGUUCCGUUGAAAUUGAAACGAUGUGACGGAAAAGUUGGAAAUUUAUGUGUGUAGGAAAGUUUUGAUGUGAUGGAAAAGUUGGAAGUUUGAAGAAAAAUUUUGGAACUAAACUCGGUCUAAAUAACAGUUGAUGUAAAAGCAUACUAAUAUUUUGCAAAGAAGGCCCCGUUGUUUUCUUAUUGAGAUGUACAGUAGAUUCUACCUUGGUUUCUAUUAUCAUGUUUUUCAAAAUAUUAAAUAGUAUGUUUCGUGCAAAAACUUUAUAUAUAAGUUUUUCUAAAAUAUCUAAUAAAUUUAUUUUCAAGUUUAUAAUAAUAAACAUUUAAUCAAUUAUACCCUAAUGGCAUCCGAUACAGGAGUACUAUAGUAUCCAAGAGACGAGUGGGCUGAUUUGCGAAAACGUAUUCUGAAAGACCAAAACCGAGCCGCCCUGCCUCGGCGCGCCAUGUGUUCGAGCAAAUGCCUCCUCCAGUCUCCUCCCCGUCGGCUCCGCGCCUCUCGCCGUCCGCGGCGCGCGCGGCCGAGCAGCAUUGCCUCCGCCUCCUCGCGGCCUCCUCGACGCCCACGUCCCUCCUCCAGUCGGUCGCCUUCCUCCUCAAGUCCGGCCUCCACGCCAACUCGCUCGUCCUCACCCGGCUCUUCGCCGCCUCCGCCUCCGCCGCGCCCGCGCUGCUCGAUCCCCUCGUCACCGCCCUCCUCCGCCCCUCCGUCCCGCUCGACGCCUUCCUCGCCAACACCCUCAUCCGCGCCCACGCCACCUCCCCGAUCCACUCCCUCCGCCUCCGCGCCGCCGCCUUCUUCCCCCUCAUGCUCCGCGGCGCCGUCGUUCCCAACAAGUUCACCUUCCCCUUCCUCCUCAAGGCGUGCGCCGCGCUCCCGGGAUCCCCGGACGUCGGCCUCCAGGCCCACGCCGCCGCUCUCAAGUUCGGGUUCGCGACGGAUCAGUACGUCUCCAAUACUCUCAUACACAUGUACUCCUGCUUUGGCGGCGGGUUCCUUGGCGACGCGCGGAAUGUGUUUGAUAGAAUGCCCAAGGAGAGUGCCGUUACCUGGAGUGCGAUGAUCGGCGGGUAUGUGCGUGGGGGGCUGUCGAGUGAUGCUGUCGAUCUCUUCAGGGAGAUGCAGGCCAAUGGGGUACAGGCCGAUGAGGUGACAGUGAUUGGAGUCCUGGCGGCGGCCACAGAUUUGGGUGCACUUGAGCUGGCUCGAUGGGUCCGACGCUUUGUGGAGAGAGAGGGGAUCGGGAAGUCUGUGACACUGUGCAAUGCACUGAUCGACACGCUUGCUAAGUGUGGAGAUGUGGAUGGGGCGGUGGCUGUGUUUGAGGGGAUGCAGCAGCGGAGUGUUGUUUCAUGGACAUCGGUGAUUGAUGCGCUUGCGAUGGAGGGUCGUGGGAAGGAGGCUGUGCGAGUGUUUGAAGAGAUGAAGGUUGCAGGUGUUCCACCUGAUGAUGUUGCCUUCAUUGGGGUGCUCACAGCUUGCAGCCAUGCUGGUAUGGUGGAUGAAGGCUGUGGCUACUUUGAUGCCAUGAAAGUGGAGUAUGGCAUUGAGCCUAAGAUUGAGCACUAUGGUUGCAUGGUUGACAUGUUUGGUCGGGCUGGCAUGGUUGAGCGGGCGAUGGAAUUCGUCCGUACAAUGCCUAUACAACCGAACCCAGUAAUAUGGCGAUCACUUGUUUCUGCUUGUCGUGCGCAUGGCCGCCUUGAGCUAGGUGAAAGCAUCACAAGGAGCCUUCUUCAUGAGUACCCGGCCCAUGAGGCCAACUAUAUCAUGCUCUCGAAUGUCUUUGCACUAACACAGAGAUGGAAGGAGAAGUCAGAGAUAAGGAGAGAGAUGAGCAAGAGAGGAAUCAAGAAAGUGCCAGGCUGUAGUAUAGUUGAGCUUGAUGGAGAGGUCCAUGAGUUCAUAGCCGGAGAUGAGUCUCACCCGCAGUACAAGGAUAUAUACCGGAUGGUUGAGGAAAUGGCAAGAGAGCUAAGGCGCGUUGGGCACAUUGCAGCUACCUCAGAGGUCUUACUUGAUCUUGAUGAGGAAGAUAAGGAGGGUGCACUUCAGUGGCACAGUGAGAAGCUGGCAAUUGCAUUUGCACUACUGAGAACUCCUCCUGGAACACAGGUCCGAGUGGUUAAGAACCUACGUGUGUGCUCGGAUUGUCAUGCAGCUAUAAAGUGCAUUUCACAGGUUUAUCGACGGGAGAUUGUAGUGCGUGACCGGAGUCGUUUCCAUCGCUUCAAGGAUGGUUCCUGCUCAUGCAAGGAUUUCUGGUGAUGAAAUUGUGUUUUACAAGGUUAUUCUGUUUUGGACAAGAUGCUAAUGAAUUUUCCAGGGAGCUCCUGCAAGUCUCACACAUCUGCAUUGCAACACAAAGGUUUUCCACAGAAAAAUGUGAUGCUUAUUCAAGGACGAUGGAAUCAGAAUUGGAAUAUAAUUCAGAAAAUAUCAAUUAUCAAGGUUGAACUUUUCUUUUGUACAUACACCAAUAGAUUGGAUCGAUCAAUCCUGAGGCAUCAUUAAAUUUUGAUCUCUCGACAGUGUGAGGUUAUGGAUUCUGCCCGCCGCAUGCAUGAAAAUGGGAUCUUGAUCUAUCUGGAGCAUAAUAAAUGACUGGUGUUAGCCCCAUGGCUUGAACGAUGGUUCCUGCUGCAAAGAAUUCCGGUGAUGGAACUUUGAUUGACCAAGGUUGUGGAAAACCAAGGGGAGUGCUACGACUUUACGACAGACAAGAACGUUAUGUUUGGAGGGGUGGAAUUUUGAGACUAGAUUGGGCACAUUUCAGAAGAACACGAACUUUUCUUUUUAUUUUUUGCCCUAAACAGGACAGCAUGUGAGCUUGGUGGGAUAGAGUUCGGUGGUUGCUGGUCGGAAAUGAGAUGUAAGAUCAUUUGAAGAACUGAGAGAAGAACAUGGUAGAAUUGCAGAGAGCCAGUGACAGAUAAAUGAAGUAUUUCACUAUUUCGGUUUAACAAAGACAGAUGGUAAUUGGUGACAAGCUAAAGACAGAUAGUGACAAAAGAUUGCCAUUUGAUAUAUGGUGGUCUAUUAUUGAUGCGUUCAAAUCUAUAUUUUCUGCGGACACAAGUUAACCAGGCUGUCAAAAUAUUCCAUAUCUUCCGCCAAGCUCUCCAUGGAAUGCACAAAGCUGCGGAGUUGAUCUAUUUCAAGGUCACAUUCCAUAAUCUCUUUGUCGGCGAUGGCUCUGACUGCAUCGAGGACGCCGUAACCCUGUCGCUCAGCUUCCUUGAGGACAUCGGCCCAGCGAGCCAGCCAUUCCAUUCUUCUUAUGUCAAGUACUGGCACGAUCUCGACGGACUCGCCGAUAUCAACCAAGGCUUGUUGGAGUCUUUCCUCUAGUUCAUGGAGUUUCCAGGAAUCUGCUCCUUCAGGUAGGGAAACGCCGUCUACCUGAGCGACUGAGUCAUAAUUAUCAAAUGACAACACUUCCAUGUCGUUAAAUGACAACACCCCCCCUUUUUUUAAUACGCGAGGAGCAUAUCUUUAUAUUAAGAAGAAAUAAAUAUAUGUACAAAGCGGACGAAAAAAACAAAGCGAAAGGGACAGGGUACAGGAGGAGAACCAAAAACCAAAAGCCUAAUCUUCUACUAAAAUUUGCGACCCUUCUCCACUAACAUGGGCUACCAAAACAGGGAUUGCAGCUCUAGCUAAGCCGCCACAGCUCCGCUUCAUCCGUUAUAACCCUUGCAACCUCCGCCCAAGUUUUGCUCUUCUGGUUGAAGACAUUGUUUUUUUUUCCUUCCAGAUCGUCCAUGCAACCAACGUUGCGAUGGUGUUGAAACCUCGGCGAUGUUCCUUGACCAUCUUCUUACGACAGUCGCACAACCAUGAAAAUAAAGAGUGUUCAUUGAGCGGUAAGCACUCCGAAUGCCCGAUAGCUCUGAGCGCAACCCACCACAGUAGCCGCGACUCCGGGCAUGCGACCAAGAGAUGAUCAAUCAUCUCUUCGCAUUGAUCACAAAGAACACAUCGAUCUGAGUGCAACAAACCACAGCUCCGGAGGCGGUCCGCUAUCCAGCAACGGUUAAGGGCGACCAACCAAAGGAAGUAGAGACGGCAAGGGGGCGCCAAAGAUUGCUAAAUUGGCUUGUGCUGGAGAUGAGUUCUACCAAAAAAGAGAACACGAUAAAGCCGAGCGGGAAGAGUAUUCUCCUGAGGUCUCCCACCGCUAAGAUAGAGACCGGUUCUUCGGAAAGCUACACUGACCGAAGGCAAUCCCAAAGCUUAAAAUAUUCCAGGAUCGCUUGAGUACCCAACACCGAACUGAUGUCCUGGAUCCAUCUUUUGUCAGUUAUUGCCUCGGCCACCGUGCGAUGAUUCCGGAGACGAGCAGGGACGGCUGCAUAGACAGCCAACGCCAGCGACCGAAUGGAGGAACCCUGCAGCCAGCAAUCCUCCCAGAACAACACCGAAUUCCCAUCUCCCACCAAGCAUACGUGGAAAUCGAUACUAGAUUGCGCUUCUUCUGCGAGACCGGAAUAUUAAGCCCUUGCCGCGGCUUUUCCGGUGAAGUUCUCUGCUGCCAGAGCCAUCUCAACCUCAGAGCGAUUUCCAACCUCUCUAGAUCGGGGAUCCCCAAACCACCAUACUCCUUGGGCGAGCAAACUUGAGCCCAGACGACCCGACAGACGCCGCCGUUUGCAGAAGCUUUGCCAGCCCAAAGAAAGCCGCGGCAGAUCUUGUCAAUCCCUUUGAUAACCCACUUCGGUGCAUUGAUGGCCAUGAGCAGGUAAACGGGAAUUGAGCUCAGUACAACGUUCACCAUGGUAGCCCGGCCAAUAGGCGUCAUCAAGUGAGACAUCCAAGAAGGCAAACGGCGCGCGAUUUUGUCAACCAGCGGCUGCAGGUCUUCCUUCUUCAGGCGGAAGAUGGACAAAGGCAACCUAGGUAUGUGCAAGGAAAGGAAGCGACGUGACAUGGCAACUCAUCAUGAAGAGUUUGAAGAUCCGUCUCAUUGCACUGGAUUGGAGCGCCGAACAUUUAGCAAAAUUUGUUCGAAGACCAGACACUUCUCCAAAAAUGGCAAGAAUUUGCAUGGCUGUGCGAAUCUCAUCCACAGCUGGCCGUAUAAAUGCGACCACAUCAUCAGCAUAGAGGGAUACACAAAAAGGAAUCCCUAGCGGCUGCAGCAAACCUUCAACCUCAGCCUUGGAGAAGAUGGAACUCAGCACAUUCAUGGCUAAGAUAAAAAUCAUCGGGGAAAUUGGAUCUCCCUGACGGACGCCUCGCCGAUGCAAAAUUGGGCAGCCUGGCUCACCAUUGAUUAAGACCCUCGAGCUAGUUGUUCGAAACAACAUGGCAAUCCAUGAGCGCCACCGAAGGCCGAAGCCUUUGUGCUCCAAAACUUCCAAAAUGAAUUGCCAUGAAAUGGAAUCGAAAGCUUGGGCAGUAUCAAGCUUCAGCAGCGCCGAUGGAGUCCUUCGAUCAUGCAAGCGUUUAGCUGAUUGCCGCACUAGCAUGAAAUUGUCCUGGAUGCAACGUUUCUUCACAAACGCACUCUGGUUUUUAGCGACCAAUGCAUCCAACUUCGGCGCAAGGCGGCGAGAGAGAACUUUUGUGAAAAGCUUCACAAAGCUAUGUACCAGACUUAUGGGCCGAAAGUCCUUGAGCUUCCUGGCAUCCGACCUCUUAGGCAGUAAGGUGAUGAAAGCCUUGUUAACCUUACCAAGGCUGGACCCAUCCAUUCGAUGAAGUUGAUUCAAAGCCGCCAUAAUGUCCUCCUUAAUGAUGUCCCAACAGCAGUAAUAGAACUGACCAGAAAAACCAUCCGGCCCCGGGGCGUUGUCACGAGGGCUGUCAGCGAUUGCCUUCCACACCUCAUCCACAGUGAACGGUUCCUCCAAGUCAGAGAGCUGCUGCCCCCUUGGCUCAAAGUAGUCAAGAUCCACCGAAAACUCACGAUGACUGACAGAGCCGACUUCAGAGAAGAAAUUAUGGGCAAGGGCGGCCUUUUCAUCUGGGGCUGUGGCGAUCUGCGAGUUGUGCUCGAUUUGUUGCACAAAAUUCUUUCGACGCCGCCAGGCGGAAUGCUGAUGAAGGAAUCGUGUGUUGGCAUCACCUUCCUGCAACCUAAAUGACAACCCUUCCAUGUUGUUUGAGGACAUUUGGCUACGGCGCCGCUUUGGAUUCGGCGAGGCCUCUAGCUGGAGCAACGCUAUGAACUCCCCGAUGUUCGCCGACUCUUUCUCCAGCGCCUCCACGGCGCCGUUCAGCUUCUUCACUUCCUCGUCACUGGAGAAGAGCGCGAUGGCUAUGGUGAUGACGCGCUGUGCCAUGCCUGAUAGGGCCUUCCUUUUGAAGGACAAAGCAGUAGCAGGCACAGAACUGCUACUGCUGCCUUCCUCCUGCUGCUGCUGGUGGUCGCUGGCGUUCUGACCAGUGGCUUCGUCGACGUCUGCUUCCCGCUGCUGGAAGCUAUGGAGAACCUCCUCACCACGGGAGGCGGCUUCUUUGAGCUUGUCCUGCCACUGGAUCAACGCGGCGCUCUUGAUGGCGCGCUUCUCUGACACCUCGAUCGUGCUGUGGAUUUUGAUCAGCAGCAUCUCCAGCCGCUGGAGCUUCUCGGCGGUGGCCGUUUGCUGGUUGAAGUUCUUGAGAAUCUUGGACACCGCCCUGUCUGCGACCACGGCGGUCACUGCGGUGGUGAUGGAGCGGCGGGAAUCGAACCCGUAUCCUCUCCUCGGCAAGGAGAUGUUUUGCCGCCUGGGUCGACCGUCUAUGUCUGGGUCGACCGUUUCAUUUUCUAUUUGAGUUUUCUUUUUAUUAAUUUAAUUGUCUGUCAAUCAAUUCGGGGUGCAAAUUGCAUUUUAAUGCGUCUCACAAUCCGAAUAAACGGCCCUUUUUUAUUUUGUAUUGGGCUACUAAAUACUAAACACAUUUAAGAAAUGAGAGAAUUUAGAAUAGCUACCAGAAAGACCAGUCCAAUCCAUAAUGAUGUACCGGAAAAUACAACGUUUUUAUUGUUUGACCAACCAUCAGGAGAAGCAAAUACAAGGGGUACACUAAUGACUAAGACUGAGGAAGUCACAAUUAAUGCAAAAACAGCUAAUUGGAAAGCAAUAGUCAUAUUUCUAAUCCUCCAAGUUACCAUCAAAUAAAGUUGACUACAUAUUAUAUUUGAUCCCUCACUUAAUCAAAAUUGUAAUAAAAUACAAGAAGUAAGAGGGGUUUAAUCAUGAAUCCAUUGAUUCUUCUCUUUAAAACUUAUUACUCACCACUUUUUUUAUUUGGAUAUGGGGUUGAGGGGGUUUUAUGCUUUAUUUCACAAGCGGAUAUAGCGGAUCCUGUAUACAUGGAUACAGUAUACAGAAAUAUAUCGAAAAGGGACUUGUAUUCGAGAUGUUUCUAGAGGUUAGUGAGUCAUUUCGUAUGGCUAUGUUCUAUUUGUAGGAAUAAAAUAAGGAUUAGGCUGUGGA